AGUCUAUGCAUUCAGCCAAUCACCAUACAGAAAAAGAGGUCACACCCGAAAGUCUAGAUUUCGUCCGCUCCGAGGCGCAAUUGAAGUUCUGUUUUGUCAAAAUUAAUUUCGAGCUUUAUCAGCCGCAACGCAAAGGCGACGACAAUUGGAUUCGGCGAGGCCGUUUCACAACGGCUUUCCCUAAAGAUUCCCAACGCAAAACGGGGGGACGAACUUAACUUCAUGCAUCUACAGCUACAAUGAGCCAACCAUCCAGUCGCCUAUUGGCGGCCACCCGCGCUCGUAUAUCCUCGUCUCAGCCCACCCGCCAAUGCCUCCGUUCAUUCUCUCAAACAUGUCUACGACGGGAAGAAUCCAACACCAAUGCCAAUUCAUGGUCGCCAAACAAACUCCUCCAAUCUCUCAGUAGACCACGCACUACACCAACGCAAUCGGCGGGACCUCCACGACCAAGUCCCGGAGCUAGUUCGGCGGCGCUACAACGGAUUCUAGCACAAGACGCUGUCGCAAAGGCACGCAACCAACCCACGAGCCAACAAAUAUUGCAGGAUGAAGCCAACAAGCAGGAAGACAUGGGCCCGGCGACCGAGCCUUUCCACUUCCACAUAUACUCGCACAAGCACAACUCACAUGUCACGGUGACGAAGCCCAAUCGACAAGCCAUCAUCAGCAUGUCGACUGGCAAUAUCGGCUUUAAAAAGUCGAAGCGCAGCACCUACGACGCUGCUUACCAACUUACGUCAUAUGUAAUAGACAAGUUGCACCAAGGAAACUGGCACAAUACUAUAACGAGCCUGGAGGUCGUGCUGCGGGGUUUCGGUGCUGGACGCGAGGCCGCAAUCAAGGUUCUCUUGGGCACCGAGGGUCGUAUGUUAAGGAAUAAGAUCAUCAUGGUAUCAGAUUCCACAAGACUGAAAUUUGGCGGCACGAGAAGUCCCAAGCCCAGGAGACUGGGUUAGAGAGAUAGAACAAGAACUAGAAAUGGACAUAGUCGACGAGACAGCCAGUGUAUAUCAUACCGCAUUGUUAUGUACAUUUAUGUACAAAAGUGCAAAAUCGCGCACCUGUUAAACAUGCAGUUAAUUGACGUAAAAUCGACAUACGAUGCCUCGAGCAGUAGAGCGACCAAUUGGUAUCAAUCAAAACAGACCCCAGAAGAACGCCACCCAACCGGGUUUCCGUCAUAAUCACUUCCAACGCCUUGUAAUGCACCCCCUCAAACCAGGCCGCCCCCCAUUCCGUCUAAGACAUGCUUCCCCU